ACACAAAAACUGUGUUGGUUUCCCACUAGAGUCCACCGUCUGUCCCUCUCUUCGUCUGUUCUGUUCUUUUUUUUCCUCUGUUCUCAUGGCUUUCCGCAGGAGAAUUCGCGUCCGAGAAUCAUCUUCUUCCUCUUCUUUCUCUCCUCCGUGGAAUUACGAGGUCUUCUUGAGUUUCAGGGGUGAAGACACCCGCAAAAACUUCAUCAAUCCACUUCACUCUGCUUUGAUUGAAAAAGGGGUCCUCGCCUUCAAGGACGAUAACGAACUGAGAAGGGGAGAAGAGAUAUCCUCAGAAUUGCUGAAAGCAAUCGCAGAAUCUAAAACUUCGAUCGUCGUUAUCUCGAGAAACUACGCUUCUUCAAGAUGGUGCCUCGAUGAGCUCUUGAAAAUCAUGGAGUGCAGGAAAACCAUGGGGCAGUUGGUUAUGCCUGUUUUCUAUGAAGUCGAUCGCCUGGUUGUCCGGAACCAGAGUGGGAGUUUUGCAGAAGCAUUUGCUGCACAUGAGGAGCGUUUCAAGGAGGCGGAGAUGGUGGAGAAGAUGCAGAAUUGGAGGGAAGCUCUCACGGAAUCUGCUAAUUUGCCUGGAUGGGACUUACGAAAUGUUGCUACUGGGUGUGAAUCCAAGUUUAUUCAAGUAAUUGUUGAAGAGGUUUUGACUAAAUUGAAUUUCAAUGUUGCCAAAUACCCAAUUGGAAUAGACUUUCGUGUACGAGAAAUGUACUCAUUAUUAGAUAUCUGGUCAGAUGAUGUUCGUAUUGUAGGCAUAUCAGGCAUGGGCGGAAUAGGCAAGACAACUAUUGCCAAAGCCACAUAUAACCUAAUCUUUCACAAAUUUGAUGGUAGCAGCUUUCUUGGAAAUGUUAGAGAAGUCUCAGAACAACCUAAUGGUCUAGUGUCUUUACAAGAAAAGCUUCUUUCUGAUAUCCUUAAGAAAGAAAAUCUAGGGAUAAGUGAUGUUAAUAUAGGAAUCAAUGUGAUCAAAAAAAGGCUGAGUACGAAAAGAGUUAUUGUCGUUCUCGAUGAUGUAGAUCAACAAAUCCAAUUAAAUUCAUUGGCUGGAAAGAGCAAUUGGUUUGGUUUGGGAAGUAGAAUCAUUAUAACAACUAGAAAUGAGCAUUUAUUACAUCAGCUUGAAGUGGAUGAGAUAUAUAAACUGAAAGAAUUGGAUGAUAAGGAAUCUGUUCAACUCUUAAGUCGGCAUGCCUUUAGAAAAAACCAUCCUACUGAAGAUUAUUUGGACAUCUCAAAGCAUAUAGCAGGUCAUGUUGGAGGUCUUCCACUAGCUCUUGAAGUUCAGGGUUCUUUUCUGUGUGGAAGGAGAAACAUGCCUGAAUGGAAGAACACGGUGGAGGAACUAAUAAGAAUUCCUUGUGAUCAAAUUUAUCGAAGACUAAGAACAAGUCUUGGUGAUCUUGAUGAUAAGGAAAGAGACAUAUUUCUUGACAUUGCAUGCUUCUUUGUUGGAAUGGACAAGGAUUAUGCCAUUGGAAUAUGGGAAAGUUGUGGAUUCUUUUCUAAAAUUGGAAUCAGUGAUCUGGUACAGAGGUCUCUCAUAACCAUCAACGAGAGGAAUGAGUUGGUGAUGCAUGAUCUGCUUCGAGACAUGGCAAAGGAAAUUGUCUGCGAGGAAUCUUUCAAGGAUUCAGGAAAACGCAGCAGAUUGUGGUUUCAUAAAGAUGUCUACGAUGUGCUGACAGGAAACAUGGGAACAGAAGCGAUUGAAGGACUUAUUCUUAACUUGCCUACAUCAAAUGACUUGUAUUUGAGUACUGAAGCAUUUGCAAAGAUGCCUAAACUAAGACUGCUGCAACUUAAUAAUGUACACCUAAGAGGGAGCUAUGGAAAUUUUUCAAGGGAGUUAAGAUGGCUUUGUUGGCAUGGAUUCCCUUUAGAAUGUAUACCAACUGAUUUUCAUAUAGAGAACCUUCUUGCUCUUGACUUGCAACAUAGCAACAUCACACAAGUUUGGAAGGAAAAUAAGUUGCUUAAGGAUUUGAGAGUCCUUGAUCUUAGUUACUGCAAAUACCUAACCGAAACUCCAAACUUCUCAAGACUCACCAAUCUUGAGGGAUUGAUCUUUGAAGGUUGUACAAGUUUGGUUGAGCUGCACCAUUCGAUUGGAGAUCUUGGAAGACUUGUUUUCCUGAAUCUAAAAGGCUGCAGCAAUCUCAGGAAACUUCCAAGAAACAUUUAUAAUUUGAAUUCCCUUGAAAAUCUUAUUCUUUCUGGCUGCUCUAAUCUUAAAAAUCUGCCAUCUAAAUCAUGGAUUUCAUUCUUUUGUUGUUGGAAAUCAACAAGAAUAAGGGAUUUUUUCUCAGAUUUAUGCUUCUUGCAUAGAAAUGUGUCAGAAAGUGCAAUUCCAAAUGGACUUGGGGGCCUAUCAUCAUUACAAGAGUUGAAUCUAAGCUACACUAAUUUUUGUAGCUUACCAACUACCAUCAUUUGUCUCCCUCAGCUCCAGUUCCUUAAGUUGGAAAACUGCACAAAGCUAAAGUCACUUCCAGAGCUUCCAUCAAGCUUAAAGGGAUUAAACGCAGAGGGUUGCACAGCAAUGGAAAUAUUACCAAAUCUUGGAAAAUUAUCCUCGUUGAAAGAGUUGAAUCUAUGCAAAAGCAAUUUAUGUAGCCUUCCAUCCAGUAUCAAUUGUAUUUCUCAGCUCAAAAUCCUUCGAUUGGAGAACUGCACCAGGCUUAAAUCAAUCCCUGAUCUUCCCUCGAGUCUGAAGUGCUUGAAGGCAGAUGGUUGUACAUCUCUGGAAAAAAUGUCAAAUAUUGGGAGUUUAACCUCAUUACAAGAAUUAAGCUUAUGCAGGAGCAAUUUUUGUAGACUACCAUCGAACAUCAAUCUCCUUUCACAGCUACAAAUCCUUCGGUUAGAGAAUUGCACAAGGCUUAAUUCACUCCCGGAGCUACCAUCAAACUUGGAGGCCCUGUAUGCAGAUGGUUGCACAUCAAUGGAAAGGUUGCCAAACCUUUCAAACCUGAAAAACUUGUCCAUCUUGUUUCUUAAUGAUUGCAAUAUGCUAAUUGAAAUUCAGGGUCUGGAGAGGUUGGAUUCCAUACGUUGCAUUCAUAUGGAUAGAUGCAACAAUCUAACAAAUACUUUCAAGAUGACUUUUUUCCAGGGAUUUCAUGAAAGUAGAAAGCUUGACAUCUUUUUUCCUGGUGGUGACAUUCCAGACUGGUUCAAUAGUCAAAGAAUGGGAUCCUCUAUAUCUAUUUGUUUUCCACCUGUUUUAGAUAUUAAGAUCCAAUCAUUGAUUAUCUCUGCUGUUUAUGCCACAGAUGAGGAUAUCAAUUUUCUCCGCUAUGUUUUUCAUGUUCACAUCAUUAAUAAAACAAAAAAUCUUAAGUGGAGGUUGAAUCCAAAAUCCCAUGAAGGUCGAAUGACAUGUCAGCCUCAUCUUUGGGUGAGUCAUAUACCAUAUUUUGAGAUUAUGGAUUGUCUUGAAGGUGGGGAUCAAGUAGAGAUUUCUAUAUAUUGUGAGAAUGACUGUGAUCAAAGGGAGGUUUCAGUAAGAACUGUACAAGAACCAAAAGUGAAGAAGUGUGGGAUCCAUCUAAUAUAUGAGCCUGAUGUGAAGGAUUCUAAUCACAUCAUUAAUGAAGACAAAUAUACAGUAAUUGAUACAAGAAUAAAAGAUUGAAAGUCUGUAUUAUCAAUGAGGUAGGAUCGAGCAGUAGUCUUUCUAACAAGGGCCUUAUAGACCAUGAAAGCAGGAUGACUGAUGCCUUACUCUGAUGGUGAAUUAUUAAGUAUAAAGGUAAAUUUCUUUUCUUCAAAAAUCAUAACUGAAAUACAGUUUAUCUCUCCAUUUAUAUUUCAGCCCAUGAAGCUAAAAGUUGGCAGUAAGAAAUCCUAUAAAAUUCCUAAUUUACUUCUUAUCCUAUUUAAUUUACUUACCCCUACUGAGUGAGUUGCUUAAUGGUUCUUGUUUUACUAGAAUCUAGAAAAUUACAGGCAAAUGUUUUUGCAACAUAAAGGAUGCAGAUAGUUGCAGAACUCCUGGAUCUUGCACAUUAUUUCACAACAAGCUUGUUAAGAGUUAUUCAAGGAAGAACAUUUUUGUUAAGGAGACUCAAAAAUGGUGGUCACAAACAACGUGGCUGUUGAAUGACAAGUUUUCUCAUAUUGUGUACCUCAUUUUUCCACUAAUGAAAAUCACUGACCUACCACUGUUUUACCUCUUCUAAGGGAGAAUGCAGGAUGGCAAGUUUGUGCUUAUUCACCUCUUAAUAUGUGGUAUUACCUGUUUAUUUAUAAUGAAGAUCCUUUUAUUUUUC